UUUAAUGGGUACUUUCAUGAACUGCAGGAUCCAAAAUGUAAGCAGUGAUGCCUUGAGGCCAACAUGGGUCCCUUAUGCCUCAACAGAGGCUGGUGAAGAAGUCUUGCUGUUCUCCCUGAAGAUCAUGAUGGAUGAUUGGUCCUAUCAGAGGCCUUCAUACUCCUAUUUCCUGGGUGGUGUUAUUAACAUCGAGGCAUCUGUGAAGCAGUACAAUCAUGUGCCUCUGCGUGUGUUUGUGGACAGCUGUGUGGCCACUCAAGCACCUGAUGUGAACUCUCUUCCGAGAUAUUCCUUCAUUGAGAAUCACGGGUGCUUUGUGGAUGCCAAAACUACAGCUUCCAGCUCCCGCUUCAUGCCUCGGUCCCAGGUUGACAAGAUCCAGUUCCAGCUGGAAGCGUUUAUGUUCCAGGAGGGCAACAGUCCUUCUGUAUGUACUAUGAAUAUCAUGAGUUAA